UGGGAGCGGCGCGGGCGGCGCCGGGAGGCAGCUGACAGGCGUCUGCGGCUUCGCUUCAUGGCCGCCCUCCCGCCCUGCCUGGGCUCUGUGGGGAGUGGGGGAGCCCGCGGCGGCCCCGAGCCAGAGCUGGCGAGCCGAGAGGGGACCUGUGCGCGGCGCCGCUGAGGCGCAGCAUGUGAAGAGGAGACGGCUUCCAGUGCGAGGCGAGCGUCUCAGCCGGCCGGGAUGGCUACGACGGCCGAGCUCUUCGAGGAGCCUUUUGUGGCAGAUGAGUAUAUUGAACGACUUGUGUGGAGAACCCCAGGAGGAGGCUCUAGAGGGGGUCCUGAAGCUUUCGAUCCCAAAAGGUUAUUAGAAGAAUUUGUAAAUCAUAUUCAGGAACUACAGAUAAUGGAUGAAAGGAUUCAAAGGAAAGUAGAGAAACUAGAGCAACAGUGUCAGAAAGAAGCCAAGGAAUUUGCCAAGAAGGUACAAGAGCUCCAGAAAAGCAAUCAGGUUGCCUUCCAACAUUUCCAGGAACUAGAUGAGCACAUCAGCUAUGUAGCAACCAAGGUCUGUCACCUUGGAGACCAGUUGGAAGGGGUAAACACACCUAGACAGCGGGCAGUGGAGGCUCAGAAAUUGAUGAAAUACUUUAAUGAGUUUCUAGAUGGAGAAUUGAAAUCUGAUGUUUUUACAAAUUCUGAAAAGAUAAAGGAGGCAGCAGACAUCAUUCAGAAGUUGCACCUAAUUGCCCAGGAGUUACCUUUUGACAGGUUUUCAGAAGUAAAAUCCAAAAUUGCGAGUAAAUACCAUGAUUUAGAAUGCCAACUGAUUCAGGAGUUUACUAGUGCUCAAAGAAGAGGUGAAAUCUCCAGAAUGAGAGAAGUAGCAGCAGUUUUGCUUCAUUUUAAGGGUUAUUCCCAUUGUGUUGAUGUUUAUAUAAAGCAGUGCCAGGAGGGUGCUUACUUGAGAAAUGAUAUAUUUGAAGAUGCAGCAAUACUCUGUCAACGGGUGAACAAACAAGUUGGAGAUAUCUUUAGUAAUCCAGAAACAGUACUGGCUAAACUUAUUCAAAAUGUAUUUGAAAUCAAACUGCAGAGUUUUGUGAAAGACCAGUUAGAAGAAUGCAGGAAGUCUGAUGCAGAGCAGUAUCUCAAAAAUCUCUAUGAUUUAUAUACAAGAACCACAAAUCUUUCCAGCAAGUUGAUGGAGUUUAACUUAGGUACUGAUAAACAGACUUUCUUGUCUAAGCUUAUCAAAUCCAUUUUCAUUUCCUAUUUGGAGAACUAUAUUGAAGUGGAGACUGGAUAUUUGAAAAGCAGAAGUGCUAUGAUCCUACAGCGCUAUUAUGAUUCAAAAAACCAUCAGAAGAGAUCCAUUGGCACAGGAGGUAUUCAGGAUUUGAAAGAGAAAAUUAGACAACGUACCAACUUACCACUGGGGCCAAGUAUCGAUACUCAUGGGGAAACUUUCCUAUCUCAAGAAGUGGUGGUUAAUCUUUUACAAGAAACCAAACAAGCCUUUGAAAGAUGUCAUAGGCUCUCUGAUCCUUCUGAUUUACCAAGGAAUGCCUUUAGAAUUUUUACCAUUCUUGUGGAAUUUUUAUGUAUUGAACAUAUUGAUUAUGCUUUGGAAACAGGACUUGCUGGAAUUCCCUCUUCAGAUUCUAAGAAUGCAAAUCUCUAUUUUUUGGAUGUUGUGCAACAGGCCAAUACUAUUUUUCAUCUUUUUGACAAGCAGUUUAAUGAUCACCUUAUGCCACUAAUAAGCUCUUCUCCUAAGUUAUCUGAAUGCCUUCAGAAGAAAAAAGAAAUAAUUGAACAAAUGGAGACGAAAUUGGAUAAUGGUAUUGAUAGGACAUUAAAUUGUAUGAUUGGACAGAUGAAGCAUAUCUUGACUGCAGAACAAAAGAAGACAGAUUUUAAGCCAGAGGAUGAAAACAAUGUUUUGAUUCAAUAUACUAAUGCCUGUGUUAAAGUCUGUGCUUAUGUAAGAAAGCAAGUGGAAAAGAUUAAAAAUUCCAUGGAUGGGAAGAAUGUGGAUACAGUUUUGAUGGAACUUGGAGUACGUUUUCAUCGACUUAUUUAUGAGCAUCUUCAACAAUAUUCGUACAGUUGUGGGGGUGGCAUGUUAGCAAUUUGUGAUGUAGCUGAAUAUAGGAAGUGUGCCAAAGACUUCAAGAUUCCACUGGUAUUACAGCUUUUUGAUACUCUGCAUGCACUUUGCAAUCUUCUGGUAGUUGCCCCAGAUAAUUUAAAGCAAGUCUGCUCAGGAGAACAACUUGCUAAUCUGGACAAGAACAUUCUUCACUCCUUUGUACAACUUCGUGCUGACUAUAGAUCUGCCCGCCUUGCUCGACAUUUCAGCUGAGGUUGAAUAUGCAAGGGAAAUGUGUUGUACUUCAGCAGGCCUUGGUUGAUAGAAAGCACAGGAGAUUUCUUAUGACACAGCCAACAUUUUAUGGAAAAAUGACUGUUUGGAGAAACAGCAGCCAUACUUACCCUUGAGAUUUUAUUUGAAAUUUGGACACUACUGGCCAUAUUUUGUUUUUUCCCCUUAAGUUGAGUUUUAAUUCUGUUCUUGAACUUACAAAUUUCAGAUUCUAAAUUUCAUAUUCUGUGAAACUACAUGUCACUGUUUUCAUCCUGGAAAAUGUUGGUGUCAGAAGACAAAUGUGAUGUUAUCAGUGUUCCAGUUGACAUUCUUUAACAUAUUCUCUUGGGAAGUUUCACUGUCCUAUUUUGCAUUAAUGGUAAAAUACAACAAAACUGCAUUUAUUAUUUACCAAUUUUUAAUGACCUUUUCAGCACUUGGUAAUUGUUAAACAAGUUAUUUUAGGUUUUCCUAUUGAACUUUUGCCUCUUUCAAAAGGUUAGUAAUUGAGCAUAAUUUCUGUAGUUGGUUAAUUGGAUUUUUUCCUGAGGUAUAAUAAUAUUCCAAGAAAAAUGUUAUAGACUAAACUAAAAUGAUGAAAUGUUUUAUGUAGAUAUUAGGUGUGGAUCAGGAUACAUCUGCUUUCUGGGUAAAAAAAAAAAAAAAAACAAACCUUAAAGUUUACUAUUUCUUAUUUUGUAAACAGAUUUUAAGCCAAUGCUGGCAAGAAAUUAAUAAGUCUGCCUUAUUUUAUAUUUCAUUUAAGAUAAGGUGGAGGACCUUAACUAAAGGACCCUAUUUAUUCAUUAUUUUAAUAUUAUAAGGGAAAUAAAAUGAGGUAUAGUCUAAAUGGUGAAUAUGAGAAAUAUUGACAGUGUUUAGCAACAGUACAGUCCUUUAAGAUUUCUUUCUUAAUGCUAAACUGGAAUAAGAUGGGAUGGCUAAACAUAAGUAAUCUAUUUUAAGGAGAACCAGGAAUUGAUAGCAUUAUAUAUUCUACAUCUGGAGAUGAGCUUUGUAAAAACUGGUUGCUUUUUAGAUCUAUAGUUUCUGUCAUUAUCUUUUUCAAAGUAUUUCUGAAGCAGUUCUUACUGAUUGGAAUUAAUUGAAUUGGCUUAAUGUAGUGACAUAAUAAAUCACUUAUAAAAUUUUAAACAUCAAGUGGAAAUUUAGAAAGGCUAUUACUCUACAAUUUCUAUAAACUUGCUCCGUAUGAAUUCAUUCUUAUCUAUAUGUAGUGUUUCAGCUUCCUUUGUGUUUUUCAUAAUCAUCUAGGGACAGAUAAACUUUAAUGUUCAGCUCAUUCUUGGCAUUUUUUUUCCCUUUAAGAAGAUUUUUGGCCUAAUUUUGGCAAACUACUUUUCUUUUAAGACUAUGUUUCUGAAUGGUCAUCAAUUUUUCCAAAACUUCCAGGUCCAACGCUAGCUACUGUUUAAAUUACUAUUGACUAAAUAUUCUUCAUUUUCUGUUUAGCCCAGUGUUACCAAGGUAAGGAAGAGAAACAAAGUAUGCCAACUUUUAUCAAAGCAUUUCAGGAAAUCGUGGCAGUUUUAGAAGGCUGUCUAGUUUUCUAUUCCUUAGCCAAGGGAAGCCAGAACAGAUUUUGGAUACUAGAGAAAGUCAUAUGCUUGUACUAUUGCCAUUUUAGAAAGCUCUGAUGUGAAUUCAAAUUAUACCUCUGUUACUUAAAGCCAACAAUUUUAAAGCAGUAGUUUUACUGGCCAUUUGAACUCUUUGUACACAGUGUCAAUUUGUAAAAAAAAAAAAAAAAAAAAAAAAAAAUCUUAAAUAAAACAUGUGAGAAACAUUUUAAGACUUCCAAAUCAGAGAAGUGCUUCAAAUUAUUUUGUUUGGAUUAAUUUUUAAAAUGUAAAGGCUAUACAUGUUGCUUAGAUAUUUUGUUAAUUAUUAUUUCCAUGCUUGAGUUUUGUGCAAUAUUUUCCAUUAUGUCCAUUGACCAAGGCAGUGAUAAAGAAAACUCGUAAGUGAAUACUUAGAAGUGUUAACAUUAAUGCUUUAAUAAACAAAUUCCCUGCA